CCCGAUUCUAUUUCUGAUGGUCUUGAUGUCAAUGGCAACGUGGAACUGAAAUCUACACUCCUAAAAGACCAGUCACCUAUGCAAAAGCCCUUGGAUAAACUUGAAGAAGAAGAGUCACGGCAGGCUGAGCCUGGAAGGCCGAACCUCAUAUAUGAUACUGACCGGGAUCCUCAGAUGAGGCUCUACAUGACCAGUGUUUUGAAGUUGCCUCAGGUUCGAGAAUCGGGUAAGCCCUUCUCUCUAAAUAGUAAUUAUCAUUUCAGUCAAUUUUCUGAAUAUCACUCGUACAUGAGGUAUAGACAACUUUAG